UGCAACAAUGACAAUCAAAUUUCAGAGCUCAGCCUUGAUUAAAUUCUUGUUGGUUGCACAAUGUGUAUCAGUUCUCUGUGUUGCUCAAGAUUUCGAUUUCUUCUACUUUGUGCAACAGUGGCCAGGAUCCUACUGUGACACUAAAAAGAGCUGUUGUUACCCAAAAUCAGGGAAGCCUGACUCGGAUUUUGGCAUUCAUGGACUGUGGCCUAACUACAAAGACGGCAAUUAUCCGUCAAACUGUGAUCCCAACAAUCCUUUUGAUGAAUCUAAGAUCUCAGACUUGGUCAGUAGAAUGCAACAAGACUGGCCUACCCUUGCUUGCCCAAGUGGCGAUGGCACAGAAUUCUGGUCACAUGAAUGGGAAAAACAUGGUACUUGUUCUGAGUCAGUUCUUGAGCAACAUUCCUAUUUCCAGACCACAUUAGACCUCAAGAACAACACCAACCUCCUCCAAGCUCUUCAGGAUGCAGGAAUCAACCCGGAUGGAAAUUCAUACAGUUUAGGGAGCAUAAAAGAUGCGAUUAAAAGCGCGAUUAAUUACACUCCAUGGAUAGAAUGCAAUAACGAUGCAGAUGGGAACAGCCAGCUGUACCAGGUUUAUCUGUGCGUGGAUUCUUCGGCUUCUGGGUUAAUCGAGUGUCCAGUUUUCCCUCAUGGAAAGUGUGCUUCCACCAUCGAGUUCCCAUCAUUCUAGCCAUGGAAACAGCGUUGUAUAUCUUGCCAUUUUUAUAGCUAGUACUGUACUGUACUGAUUAGCCUUAAUAAAAAGAACUGCAUGCAUGCAUGGCAGCAGAGGAUUUCAAUAAACCUCGAUCAGCUCA